GCCUUCCUCCAAUGACAGUAGAUUUCUCAUCAGCUGGUUCAGUUGAAGUUGGUCAGAGUUUAACUAUAACAUGUACCAUAAUAACAGUUGAGAGAUUAGUAGUAACACCAUCGAUUACUUUCUUGAAAAUGAAUGAUACAAAUAUGGAAAUGCUCUCUAACUUAAAUAAACCAUACACUAUCACAACAGAUGAUACUGGUUCAGUUACUAACUAUACUCUAAUACUGGAUCCAGUGAGGUUUGAAGAUGCUGGAAUGUAUACAUGUAUGGCUGAAUUUAAUGUAACUGGUUAUAAUAACACUGAUGAUUCUAGCACUGCUACAUAUGAUUCUCAAGAAGCUAGUGAUGUUUUUAAUUUGACUGUUCACUUUCUACCAGUGAUUGUUACUAUAUCAAAGGAACGUGAUGAUACAUUAUAUGCAGGGACAUCAUUCUUCAUUAAAUGUGACAUAAUGUUAGAUCCUUUAGUUACUAUACCAGUGACUGUCACUAAUCAAUGGACACGUGAUGGUACUAAUGUUCCUAUGGGUUCAGCUGAUGCUACUAUUACUGAGGGUCUCAAUAUGAUCAAUACAUUACAUUAUAAUGCAACAGUAAUGUUCUAUCCAUUGGAUGAUGCUGAUGAUAGUGGAAUGUAUACUUGUAACGUUGAAGUGACUGCUCCUAAUAGUUACACAUAUCUUACGAGUACAUCAGCUAAUGCUAAUACUUCUAUUACAGUGAUGG